AUGAAUGAAAAUAAAGAUAUCAAAAUUCGUGAAGCAGUUCAAUUCUUGACAGAGGGCGAUAAAGCGACCAAAAAGAGUUGGUUCAAGAAACCUGAAUGGGACGUUGCCGGGCAAAAUUACGACAAAGCUGCUUCGUGUUUCAAGGCUGCUCGAUCAUUUGAUCAAGCAAUUCAAGCUUAUCAAAAGGCUUCGGAUGCGAUGUUUAAAUCUGAUUCCUUAUUUAUGGCCGCAAAAUCAAUGGAGUCUGCUGCAAACCUAGCAGCUCAACAACUUAAACAACCUGAAAGAGCAAGUGAAAUGUACCGAAAAGCUAGUGACUUAUAUCAAGCUCAUAUGACUCCAGAUCGAGCAGGUGAAAUAACUAUGGAGCCAAUUUCGGUCGAUAGUGCCAUAGAAUUUUAUGUUGCUGCAUGCAACUUAUUUGAAUCGGAAGAUCGUGGAAGGUUUGCAAUCGAUACAUUUAAGAGAACAAUAGCGACUAUGAUCAAAAACAAAAGAUACAUAGAAGCAGUAGAAAUCAUGCAUCGACUCUCAAAGAUAUAUCAAAGCAUUAAUAAUCAAUCAGGGUUGAAUAAAAAUUGUUUAGGCAUUAUCAUAACAUUAUUGGCGGCAGAAGAUGAGGUUGAAGCGAAAAAACAAUUUCAAACAUUUUGCCAACAUGCCUUUGUCCGGUCAGAGGAAUCAGCGAUUUCAAGUUCGCUUUUGGAUGCUUUUGAACAAGGUGAUCAGGAUCUUAUCGACAAAGUUAUGCGUAAUCCAAUCGUUACUUAUCUAGACAAUGAAGUAGCUAAACUUUCUAGAGAACUGCAAGUUCCUGGAUUUUCAAGUCGACCUUAUAUCCCUCAAUCAGUGGGUCCAGAGAAAAAGAAUAUGUAUAAUCAACCGCAAAGUGAUUCUUAUUCUUUGCAAAAUCAGGAGAAAAAAACGAAUCCUUAUUAUUUAAAUGAUAAUAUGGUAAAUGAAGACAAAUCCUUGCAUGAUCACAAAGAUGAAAAGCAAACAUUUGACGGGGAUAAUGAUGAAAAUGUUAUUGUGCCUCCUAAAGAGGAUCCAAUACACCAACCUCCAUCUGCUAUCUCAGCACCCGUACAUUCACAGGAAACAGCCGAAGAGGAAGAUGAUGGUUUAUGUUAA